AUGUAUCCCAGUGCGGGUUUGGUGCGCUACAGCACGGUGGGCGGUCCAGCCCCGGUAUCAACCUGCUGGAUCCGCGCCGCUCGUCCGGCCCAUCCGGAGCGAGCGGUGCCCGAAGCGUCCCCUCCGGGGCUCGAGGAGUUCUUACAACGGCUGCACUUGGCGUCCUACACGGAGGCGGUGAAGGUGUGGUGUGAGGAGCAAGGUGCCUGUGAACUCUCCGAGUUGGUCGAGAAUGCCGAGGACUUGGCGAAGACCUUGAGAUUUCCGCCGAACAAAGCACAAGAGAUCAAGGUUAAGGGCCCUGCUUUCGUGAAAGCCAUCGAGAAGCCUAAAAUCUCGAAAGCCAUCAGUGCGCCACCAGCAGCGCUUGCGCCGCCUGCGCCGACGCGGGUGCUGGGGCAGCUGGGUGCUGAUGUGCUCCGGGCAGCUUUCAUGCCCAAAGCACUGGAGAUGAAGGAGGAAGAGAACGCUGCAAAGCCUGGCCUUGCUUCGACGGAUCGUACUGAGACAGAUCUCUGGGAUGAACGGGAAGCACGCUGUCAUCUCCAGGCCAUGCAGGAUCCCUGUCUUUUCUAUUCAGCUGAAGUGCCGGAUGAUUCCCUGAAGAAGUUCUCCGGCGAACGUUACUACUAUCGUGGCUAUGUGGAGCCGCACCUCUUGCGCCAGCGCAACCCCACUGAAGCGGAGCUGAAAGUGAAGGAGCGCGCCUCGGCAGAGGCCAAGGAGCAGCUGGACGCCGCCUGGGGCGACGUCGCCGAUUCGCCGCCGUCGAUGCCGCGGGCGCAGCAGCGAGCGCAGGCUGCACGCCAUGCAGCCUUCGAAGACAUUCGCCAGGAGUUCCUCUCGCAGUUCGAGGGAAAUCUGCAGCAAGAGCUGGGCAAAGGCUACAAGCUUACGCCAGCUGAUGUGCAUCCCAGGGUGAAGGAGAAAUUUGUCGAAGAAAGCAAGUCUCUGGGCACCGGAGCUUUGGACUACGGCUACCACGGCACGCGCCAGGCCAACAUCCCUUCGAUCUUGGGCACUGGUCUCAAGGUGCCAGGCAAUGAGAGUGGCGUGCGGGUGGCCAAUGGAAGCGCACAUGGUGUGGGGAUCUACACUGGGAUGCCUGGAAAUCUUUGGAUCUCCCAGAACUUCAGUGAUUCCAAGAACAUGCUCAUUUGCGGAGUCCUUGAUCCUGAUGCUCCGCCCCGUCCGAAGGUUGCCAUGCCCUCCCAGGCUGCAGUGACCACGACCACGCAGAGGCUGAAGGCAACACAUCGACCACACCGGCGGCCCGUGGUAGCCGCCGCAGCUGCGCCGCCCCCGGCACCGGUGUUCAGCUGUACGGAAUUUCGGACGAAUGAUGAGAUCAAAGUGGUGGGCGCCGCUCGUGUGAUCUUCAAAGAAGAACGGGUGGCACCUUUGUUUAUUGCUCAACCUGCAGCUUCAGACCGAAGCUUCACCUACCAGGAAGCCACUCCAGGUUCGGAGCCCCUUCGAGGUGGCAGUAAAGGGCAAGUCUACAUCCCCGAAAGCGGCGAAGUGGUUUGGGAUUGCUGGGAACCUACAGGAGGUGCCUAUGGUCGACGGCUGAAGCGUCGCGUGGUCCAGAAGGAGAGACAGCAAGAGCGACAUGCGAAGAGCCGCCUGGUUUGUGCGAACAAGGCCACCACCACCUUCGCGUGUUUUCAGUUGGCUGAUAGAGCGGAGCAGCUGGAUCUGAUGGUGAAACUCACUUGUGAUGCUGAUCGCCAGUGUUUACAGUUGCUCUUCGCUCAGGAGAAGAAGAAGCUGGGCUAUAUUCCGACAGAGGUCCGUGCCGGUGCUUGGGUGCUCCGCGGCAUGUGGGUCAGCGAGGACUUGAGAGGCCGCGGCUGGGCGUCGAUCUUCUUGGCGCUUUGGCUGCGGCUCUGUGUGAUGCUGGAGGUCACUCCCUUGACUGAAAGGAUCCACAAGCCCAUUCUGUCGCUGGUCUUGCAAAAGUUUGGUUUUGUAGCCACCGAGCCGUCUUUGGAAUUGAAGGUGGCCGCAGCCAGGCCACCGCAGAGGAUGCAGAUUUGGUCUUCGCGCCACCUCUCCUCCUACUUCAGCCUUCGUGCCCAGCGAGAUCAGGGCAUCGAGCUGGUGGAGGAAUGUCCACCCCAAAGCAGGACUGCCUUUGUCAAUACCGCUUUUUCGGUUCCUGACACAGGUGUCAUGCAGGCAGCCGUGGAGGAGGUGCGUGGGCAGCUGGUGUUCUACCAGAACCAACGAGCGACCUCGAUGCUGCAAGAGUUGCACGGUGGUGCUUGGCCUCACUGGGCGCCCAAACCGCUGCGAGGAGCGAACAAGGGUCACUCAGAGAAGGAGUUGCUCAGCACAUGA